AGAAUGGGUUCUGAAGUCAGCAAAAACAAUGAUGGUUCGUUUACUAGUCCAGGGCCAAUCAUGUACUUUUCAAUCAUUUUAAAGGAUCCUGAUAAGAUGCAUAUUGUUCCUUAUGAUAAUAUAGUUUCAUCAUUGGUUGUUAGAUCCCUUGAUAAAAACCACAAAGUCUUGGAUCAUAGACCAGUACAACAAGAUGUAUAUAUGAUCAAGGUUGCAGGAAGCCCGUUUUCAACCUCGACCAUCGGAGACAGUGAUCAUACAAUUCUAGAGAUGAAAAUGGCAUGGUGCGACCUACUCUCCGUAUUAAUAGAUCAUGGUUGGAGGAUUAUAUCAACCUCAAGCUUGGCUCAACGUAGAUCAGGUUCUACAAUAUUCUUCAGGAAGAUGGUUGGCCAGCUAGCAGCUGAACCGUCUUUACGACCUCUGCUAUGCAUGACAACCUCAGGUUGGGAUAAGCUGCUGUUCCUAAACCUACCUGGAGUACUGGUUGGAAAAGUAUCCCAGCUGGUGGAAACUAUCUGGGGAAUUCAAGACUCUAAAACAUAUGAAAAGACAAAGAAUGGGUGUACCCUGCAGCUGAAGCUGGUUGGGAGUCCUUGGUCCGGAGUUUCUGGAGAAUAUAGCAUAAAAAUCAGGAAACUUAUUCUCAGUGUUUUAAAGCUUUUCCAAUCCCACAGCAUUCACUUCACUGCCAAGGUCAACUUUAACCGGUCAACUGACUCCGUCUUCUUCCUCUGUGAUGAAUCGUCUUUCAGUUUGGCGACACCAGAGAACAUGUUUUGUUUGAGUUUAAACAAAUAUGAUCGAUUGAGAGUGAUCGAAGCACCAUCUGAUGUUCUCCAUCUUUUGCCUGGUUUGAUCCAACAGUCCUGGCCCUACGGUAUACAACAAGUUCGGGAUUAUCAUUCAAGCCAGGAGUAUAAACUAGGCAGCUCACCUUGGUGGUGUGAUGGAGAGGAUGGGUUCCAUGCUAAGAGACUUGUAUCAAGCUUAGUAGCAGGACUAAAAUUCACAGGUUGGGAUGUGCUGAUGAGCCUAAAUAUCUCCUCAGUGAUAGAAGAUAAAUCAAUUAUCGUGUUUAGACAGAAACUAAAUACUCAUAUUGAACAUCAGCAUCCUAAAGCAGUUAAACAGCUCGUAGACUGGGUGUCGGUUAGCUUUCAUGGUGUUGAUAAGAUUAGAUUCUGCAGUGGACCGGGAGCUAAAACAUCUAAUCAUGAAGCAAUUGCUGAAUCAAUUAGAACACAACUCAAAGAUGCCAAUUUUCUACAAAAAGAGAAAGAUGUGACUGAAAAUAUCGAAUGGAAGGUUGUUGGAACUCCUUUUAGUGGAACAUUUGGAACUGGUGAGGAACAGAGAUCAAUGCUUCUGUAUCUUUCAAGAUUGCUCCAGGAGUUUAACCGGAACGGGUGGAAGCUAAGCGCAAGCCUGAAUAUAUCCUCAAAAUAUCAUGCAACAAAAAGAGAAAAGUACAAGGAAGAUGCCGAUUGUUGGGUUUUUCUAGAAGAGCCAAGUGAUCGUCUUCAUUUAGCUGCUCUUAAUCCCCCGUCAAUUGUCAGAUAUUUGGGGCAGAGCAGAGAGGAUGUAUCUUUAUUGUCAAGCCAAUUCGAUCAGAUCUAAAUGUUUAUCUACAAUUAUUUAUUGUUCUUCAAGUAUUAAGGCAAACAUUUAAAUGUUAUCCUAAUAAUUGGUAUUUGGCAAACAGAUUCUACGUAGAAUUUGUACACUCUCAGUACAGCUGUUAUAUUCUUACGUCACAAGUGUCAAUUCAGUUGUUGUGUCCGACAAAAUUAUUAAUAAUAGUGAUAAUUUUAGAUCUUAAAGUAAAACAAUUGUGCAAUUUGAUGUGUUCUUUAGUUUCUGUUUUACACUUUUUAUUUAAUCUUGGAAAACAUGUCAACUAAUGAGAAAAAAUUUCCUUUUUCCUUGUUAUAUUGGACACUUGUUACGCCGUGUGUAAUUGAUCCCUUUCUCUGUUGCCACCUAUUGUACUUGAUAUUCUAUUUGGUAUUUGGUAUAAAUAUACAUGUAUUCUAUGUGCAGAGAAAGUGAGAAAUCAAAGACAGUGUUUUAAUCUAUAAAGUGAGAACCAGAAAACUCUGAAAUAGGAAAACGACACUAACUCAAUAAUUUACAGUUUUUGAUGGUGUUACAUAACAAUAUAGUUUUAUUUUAAGUAACUUGUUAAGUCACAUCUCAAGUACACUGUUCUUUGGACUAUUCAAAGUCAUAAAUUGAAUCUAAAAGUCGAAUUCCUAAUCUAAAAUAUUAUGGUUAUCAC